CGAAGUUCUCUGCUAUUCUGUUAGCGUUUGAGUUUACACUUGACGUAUCGAAUGUCGACAGCUGUUGGCCUUCGGCUAAUUUCAGUGCAAUUCGAAUUUUCGCAUGUAAGACAUAGAACGGGUAGGUAGGUAGGAUUUAUUUUUUCUUCGAGCGCAAAUGCAGACAUCACCACCGUUCGUGUUCUUCCGCGAUAAGUUGUGCGGUAAAUAAAACGAUUUCCAGUGGAAUGAAUGUACACGCGUUGAUCGUAGACAGGAUUUCGUAUCGACUCUAGCUGGCCUAUCAAAUAUUCUGAUAAUCAUGAAUCUGCAAACACUGUUCCAGGAUUUCAAUCCAAGUAAAUUUUUGGUACACACCUGUCUGAUGAUAUUUACAACCCUGUUUGCACUUCGUUUGGAUGGAUUCAUAGAAUGGAGUUAUUGGACUGUAUUUAUGCCAAUAUGGUUCUGGAAGAGUAUGGUAAUUUUGGGUGCUACCAUUGGAAGUUACGUUUGGUGGAGACAUCCACAUGCAAGGUUGGAAGGGGAUGCCUAUGUACAUUAUAAAGCAAUGUUGAUUACAUUGGCAUUACACUUGAUCCUGUUAAUGUUUGAACUGUUAGUAUGUGAUAAAUUAGAGUCUGAAAGACACCUCUGGAUACUAGUAUUUAUACCACUUAUCUUCAUCUCUAUAGUGUCAAUAGCUGUGUGCAUAUGGGCUGCGAAACACGACCGAUCUUUCGAGCUCGAAUUAUUUUGUGCAGUCAACGUGCUACAGUUCAUUUUCCUAGCAUUAAGACUAGACGGUUUUAUAAUGUGGAGCUGGGAAGUAGUGUUUGCUCCCCUCUGGGCACUUUUAUCCUUAUCUCUAGUUGCAGUUCUAUAUGCAAUAGUAUUUGCAGCUGUUUUAUUGAGAACUCCACAGAUCAAUGCCAGACAGAGGCGGACAUCGUUGAACUCUGCACUGGCAUACACAUUUCUCGUAGUUCCAAUCCUAGUGUUUCAAGUACUAUUAGCAAAUAAAUUGGAUGAAGUUAUCUCAUUGAAUUAUACUAUAAUAGCAACGCCACUUUUAGUAUCUCAUAUUACACUUAUUUUUAUGUCUUUUGACGCGAAAGGAGGAAACAGAUGGUGGUUCGGUAUUAGGAAAGAUUUUUGUCACUUUUUACUUGGUUUGUGCCCGCUGCUACAAGAAUACGGUAACAUUUCUUACCAACCGAGAAGCGAGCAUGACCAACCACCGUCGGAACCAAUGGUUUCAGAGAAGAACGAGAAACACGUUAAGAAAAUCGACCUAAUGAAACCCGUUGUACCCAUCAUUUCGAUCGACAUGCCAGAUUGAUUGUGUUGCUUAGGAUCGAUUUGGGUAAUUAAUGGGUUUUUAUCGAUAUGACUGGUUUAUACCGAGAGCCAUAUCUUAACGAGUAACGGACAGGUGCGUAAAAAAUAGUGAAAUCUGUUACAAAGGAAAAAAUCAAGAGAUGUUAUUUUCAGUACGAUGCGUCGUAAUGAAAAUCUUGUUAUUGUUAAGUAUAUUGUGCGCCAAGGCAAUCAUAAUAAUUAUAUUACCCUUUUUUCGUUCCUGGGGCUUAAGCUUCUCACGACGAGCCGUGAAAAUUUUUGUAGAAAAUGUCUCGGCAGGGUUUUAAAAUAAGUAACGAGAAAUAGUGAUCGCGUCUCUACGAAAUGAUCCCUAUAGUAAAUUUAGUGGUCGCAGUGCUCAAGAAAAGAAAAAAAUAAAAAAAAAGAUAAUAUGUCUCUUAAAGCUGCAUCGAUUAUCGGCGUGUCCAAAACACUUAAAGUACGCGUAGAAUAAGCAACUGACCCGUCCAUUUAUUUGAUGACUCCUUAGAGAUAGAUAGUUACCGACCUAUUCUGUUAAGUCUAUUAUUCAUUACGUAAUGAUAGAAUUAUUAUUACUUUGCCAAAAGUAGCGCAUAUAAAAACGUAUGGUGAACAUGCCUAAGCUGGUGCUAAGAAAAUAUAACGAUAUUUUAGACAUGUUUAUGAACUGCGUUUAAGAGAUGGACCUUCCGCAUAUUAAUCAUGAUUCGUACAGAGGCAAGCUUAAUUUACAACAUGAUCCCAUAUACAUAUUUUAAACAGAUUUACCUGCAGAAUGUUAUAAAUACGAAUACAAAGCUUCUUGCCAGGCAGAAUCGUUAAUGUAAAUAGUAUCUACUUCCCGUUUUAGAGUACACUAGCCCUGUACAGAUCAUGCCUGAAAAAUGAUUGCGUGACAAAUUGAUCCAGAUUGAAUAAAAAGAAAAUUUGUAUGUUUCUAUACAGAUACGAAAGGUACACUGUAUGAAACGUGUCAACGCUACGAACAGUACAAAUAAUUAUACCACUUUAUAUUUUAUGUUUUAUUUGGAAAAUUCCAUUUAUACUUUACUUACCAAUGUAACGCAAAUGUACUGUUCUAGUAAGUUCAAUGAGAUCACAGCAAUUAACGAGUAAACAAUUGUUGAAAGAGCGACAAAAAUAAAAUUAAUCGCGUGUUUUAUUUUUAUUUUCGUUUAAACGUUUUACGUAUUUCCGAGCCCUUUUAUCCGAUAGUUUCUACUUUAAUAGGAAAUUUUAAAUCUACAUUUGUAACGAGAUACUGGAUGAUCAAGAGGGAAAGCCAUACAUUUA